CUUCAUCUCUAUCAACUUAUUGAGAAAGCAAUGGCGGAGAGAAACAAGAACAACGGCGAGGUGAUCGGCAUCGACCUGGGGACGACUUUCUCCUGCGUCGCCGUGGCACGGGACGGCAUGAUCGAAAUCAUAGCCAACGAUCAAGGCAACCGGACCACACCUUCCUUCGUCGCCUUCUCCUCCUCCGGGGAGCGUCUCAUCGGCGAAGCCGCCAAGAACCAGGCCACUCUCAACCCCCGCCGGACCAUCUUCGACGUCAAGCGCCUCAUCGGUAAGAAGUUCGACGACCCCGAGGUCCAGCGGGACAUCAGGUACUUCCCCUAUCCCGUCGUCAACAGAGACGGAAAGCCGUUCGUCGAAAUCGAGGUUGUUGUCGGAGGAGAAGUCAAAGCGUUCAGCCCCGAAGAGAUCAGCGCCAUGAUACUAGUGAAGAUGAGAGAAACCGCCGAAUCGUACCUCGGCCGGCCCGUCAGCGGCGCGGUGGUCACGGUGCCGGCCUACUUCAACGACGCACAGAGGCAGGCCACCAAGGACGCCGGCACCAUCGCCGGGCUCAACGUCUUGCGAAUCAUCAACGAGCCCACGGCCGGGGCGCUGGCCUACGGGCUGAACCACGGCGGCCGUGGCGAUGGCAAGAGGAAGAUAUUAGUGUACGAUCUGGGCGGCGGGACGUUCGACGUCAGCGUGCUGGAGAUCGAGGAAGGCGUGUUCCAGGUCCUGGCCACGGGUGGGGACACCCAUCUGGGCGGGGGAGAUUUCGACCAGAGAGUGAUGGAGUAUUUCAUCGAGUUGAUGAGGAGGAAGCACAAAUUGGAUGUCACUGCGAACGUUAAGUCGAUGGGGAAGCUGCGAAGGGAGUGCGAGAGGGCGAAGAGGGCGCUGAGCAAUCAGACCCACGUGCGAAUCGAGAUCGAUUCGCUCCUGCAAGGAGGGGCGGAUUUCUCGGAGCCCCUGACGAGGGCGAGAUUCGAGGAGUUGAAUCUGGAUCUGUUCAGGAAGACAGUCGAGGUGGUCAGGGCGGCUCUGGUCGAUGCAGGGCUGGACAAGAGCGAGGUCGACGAGAUCGUGCUGGUGGGAGGAAGCACGAGGAUUCCGAGGAUCAGGGAGAUGUUGAAAGAGAUGUUCGACGGGAAGGAGCCUAGCAACGGGGUGAACCCUGACGAAGCCGUGGCUUAUGGUGCUGCCGUACUUGGAGCCAAUCUCAGUGGCCAAGUUGCGGCUAGAUAUGGGGUCACUUUGUUUGAUGUGACUCCCUUGAGCUUGGGGCUUAGGAUUAUUGGAGGUGUGAUGUCUAUUAUCAUCCCGAGAAACACCACCAUUCCUACAAAGAUGUCGCGUGGGUAUACUACCGUGGAGGACCAACAAACCACUCUUACUUUCAAGGUAUUCCAAGGUGAAAGACCUCUAACUAAUGAUUGCCUCGAGCUUGGGAGUUUUAAUCUGAGUGGCAUUCCACCAGCUCCAAGGGAAGUAGCGUCGGUCGAGGUGACAUUUGAAGUUGAUGCGGAUGGAAUUCUAAGCGUAACAGCCAAGGAUAGAGCAACCCAAAACUCUGAAGCCCUAACCAUCACAAGUUAUACCGGGAAUUUGAGUCAAGGAGAGAUCGACAGGAUGGUAAGGGAGGCAAAAGAAAUGGCUGAGCAAGACAUGAUGGAGAAGUUGCGCAUAGAUGCAAGGAACUGCUUCGAGAGAUACAUAUACGAUGUGAGGAACGCGUUAAUCAGUGACGAUGAUAAUGUUACUUCGAUCGAUAAGGCGAAAGUGGAGAGCGCAUUGGUAGAAGCUUCAGAGUGGUUGGAAGGUCACCAGAAUGGAAGUAUGGAAGACUAUGAGAAGGGAAUGCAGAAGCUGGCAGAUGUCUGGAAUCCCGUUAUACGAAAUGUUUAUGGGACGAGACGAGAAUAUAGCGUAAUGGUAGUUCUUCACGAGGAGUAA